UAGUAUUUUGCAGAAAGUUCGCCAGACUAUUGUUUAGUUGUUCAUCAUUCAGCAGAGGCACACAUGUUGAUAUAGAAAUAGGUUAUAUGCAGACUUCUUACAGGUUAUUUGUCUCCUGUACCCGAUUUAACCUUCAGUUGUUUAAAGCAGGCACCGUUAAUUUGUGUACCAAGAAAUUCAGCAUUUCAUCCAAAUUAUUAGCCAUGGAAAAUCCUGCAAAGAAAAUCUGCCCAGUAAAGAAAAUAGGCACUCAUAAUGGAACGUUCCAUUGUGAUGAAGUGUUGGCAUGCUUUAUGCUUAAACAGCUCCCCCAGUACAAAGAUGCAGAAAUUGUUAGAACUCGGGAUAAGGUUGUAUUGGAUGAGUGCGAUAUAGUGGUAGAUGUAGGAGGUGUGUACGAUCCAUCUAACCACAGAUAUGAUCAUCAUCAAAGGUCGUUCACAUCCACUAUGAAUUCUAUUCUCCCAAGCAAACCAUGGACGACAAAAUUAAGCAGUGCUGGUCUUGUGUAUUGUCAUUUUGGAGAAGAUGUGGUAGCCGAAGUACUGGGGUUAAGUAAGGAAAAUGCCAGAGUGGCUGCUAUCUAUGACAAAAUCUAUGAGAAUUUCAUGGAAGAGAUUGAUGCUAUUGAUAAUGGUGUGUCUGCUUGCCAAGAACCAAAAUAUAUUAUUCAUACUGGCUUGAGUUCAAGGGUCAAACACCUUAAUCCCAAUUGGAACAGCAAAGAUCAAGAUACAGAGUGUAGAUUCAAGAAAGCCAUGGAGUUGACGGGAUCUGAGUUUGUUGAGCGGGUGAAAUACUACAACGACUGCUGGUGGCCGGCAAGAGAAAUUGUGGAGGAAGCGAUCAACGGUAGAUUUGAUGUUGAUGCAAGUGGUGAGCUGAUUGAAUUCACUCAAGGUGGUUGUCCUUGGAAAGAACACCUGUAUGCAUUAGAGGAGACACUAAACAUAGAAACACCAAUAAAGUAUGCCCUCUAUACAGAUCAGAAUGGAAAAUAUCGUGUGCAAUGCGUGUCAGUAUCAAGCACGUCGUUUGAAAAUCGACUUUCACUACCUGAGAAAUGGAGAGGUGUCCGAGAUGAGGAGCUAUCCACACUCUCUGAUAUUCCUGGCUGUAUAUUUGUGCAUGCUUCUGGGUUUAUUGGAGGUAAUGAAACAAGGGAGGGUGCACUUGCAAUGGCUAGAAAAUCCUUGGAAAUUGCUAAGUAAAAUCUAAUUUGUAACAUUUGAAUGAAAAAAAUUAACUUGUUCAAAUGACAACACUCACUGGGAUAUAUACAUGAUUUAUGUAAUAUCUAAAAUUUCAACAAAAAACAAUUGAACCACUUGUAAGCAGCCACCCGCGAACCAAGGGAAGGUGGUCUCUUACUAUAAGUGAUCUCUUAUUAGAAGUUGUUAUUUACAAGAGUACACACCACAUGUGUAAAUGUGACAUGUAAAAAUAAUCAAAUAUAGCAGCAUAUGCAAAAACAGGCUUUUCUAAUCGCCUCCAUGUGAAGUUGUGUUUGCCAGUACCCCAGAUGAAUUUAAUUUUUAUGACCAAAAGUGGUCGUG